GCCCAUGCGAUGAAACUCCAAGAAUCAAUAAAAAUUACCCGAGAUGUCAGAUAGAUCGGGUUCACUUCGAUAAUUAAAGACACCCAUAGAACACUCCAUACAUAACAUACAACCUGGAUAGGAAACAAAGGAAGACAGCUGACGAUGGCGAACAAAGGACACUACAUCGAGAGGAACGGCACCCGACGGGCUGCCGGGUUGCCCUCCUUCGGACCCGAAGAGCUGACCUCCAAGGACUGCCUGACCAUUGCGCAUCCGGCGGAGGAAGUACGCAGUCGCAUAGAAGCGGAGUGCAGAAAAAACCGACCUCUGCCGAUUGGAAAACUUCAGCCAUUUAUUCCAGACGUCACCAUUGGCGACGUCCUCAGCAGUGAUAGUCAAAAGACUCGCUUCGCCACCUUCAAGGAGAAGUUCCUCGAGGACAUGUACUGUAAGUCCGGGAAAGUAGCGCAAAUAUUGUCCACGCAUUCGAAACCAGAUGACGUGACCAACUGGAGCCGCACUUUCGGACUCGCUAGCCCUCCGGCCCACACUCUAUACAGCACCAUAAUGCCGGAAAAGUCAGUCGAUAAGGUUAACCGGGAAUACGGCGAGUUUCAUCGGGGCCACAUUGUCAGUAACAAUCACUACUUUCCCUCGGAGCAGGUCAAUCGCAGAUAUACUAAACCAUUUGAUCGAUCCGGGACCUUUGGAGUUUUGUUGGGCGCUGAGCACAGUGGUUCGACGAUGAAAAAGUGCCUGAAGCAAGGCGACGAGCACCUCACUGUGGUCUCCAAGCCCUGGAUGGACUACGUCAAGCGGACUAGAGGUCCCUUGGGAAAGAAGUACAAGAGGUACCUAGAUAAAGUGCCGUACGUGGACUUUGGCUAUCGCCGUCCCACGGACUUAUGUAGCAUCAAAAUGCUGCUGGAGGACAUCAGGCCAUGUGAGCAGGACGACACCUUGGUGAAUGCCUUGUCCUAUUUGAGCAGGCUGCGAGAGAGCCUCCACAAGCGGAACGACUUCUACAUGAUGGACCUGAUCGCGCUGCUGGAGAGGAUCGACAAGGAGCACACGGGUCACAUGCCCCUCGCUCAGAUCCUGGAGACCAUGCACAAGCUGCACAUCCGUGUGGACGCGGCGAAAAUCCGCACCAUGCUAUCGCAUUUCCGGCAGAUCCUCGACGAGGGCUGUCUCACGGAACGGGUAAACUACGACCUCUUUUGCCGGCUGCUCUCAGUCCAGCAACCCCUGCCCAAUGUUGGGUCUAUUGCCACUGUGCCGGGUAAUAUGUACAACAAGGAAACAACCUAUGGUGGUCUUUGCAAUGAUCGUAUGAAGAAUGCGCCGGAGGGGAUAGUUGCCAAUCAGCCCAACUGGAGUCCUCACCACAGAGACGAUGUCAACACACAUGUCAAGGACAUCGUAGAACCGGAUCUGGCCAUCAGGAUGGGUCUGCGACCCAGCGACUUCAGCUGCCCCCGGAGCAAGGAUCAAAUGCAGAGGAUAUUCGAGAAGGUCCUUUCUAAAGACGAAUUCGAAGCCAUCUGGCAGUGCCUGAACAAGAAUCAGGAGAAGAAGGAAAUGGACCAGGAAGAAAUGGCUUCAGUCGCACAGUUUCGUGCCGCGAUCCUUAAAGUUCCCGCCACCUAAAACAUUACACUUUCUGUACCUAAUAUCAUCGAAUGGUUGUGCAGUUAUAAAGUAAAAUAAAUGCACUUACUAAUACAUUUCAAAA